GCAAGACAUACGAAGAAAUGAAUCUGUCAUAGACGCAACAUACAUGCAAUCAAACAUCAAGUUUGAAAGAGACCUCUAACUGCAACUAAAUCCAUCUCCUAUCAGCGCCUUGAUGUCUAGAAUCUCCUAUUGUACUUUUCUACUACUAAACAUGCAGCGCAAUAGCUUAGUCGAAAUCGCCAUACUCGCCACGCUGACACCAUCAUCCCCCACCCAACCUUAUUCACCUACUUUCGUUCAUGAUUCGGCCACCGGGGUACGGCGGAAGAACAAGGUCAGAGGAAACACGGCCCAUAGCUGCACAAUUCCAUAUCCCGUCCUGCACGUACAUAUUGCACGACAUCGCAAGCAACACUCCCCCAAAGAAAACCUCAUUAAUUAGCCCUCGCACUCCCAAUAACCCACCCGCCUUAUCGCCUUCACCCGGCGGGGAAAUCCCCCCAAAAUUUUACCGACCUUAUCUAAACCACAUGCCCCCAUGAUUUAAUUCCACAUAUGAUGUGCACACCCUUUCCAAGCCGGUUGCCUGUCAGCGCGUUUGAAAUAUAGUGUUUAAUAACCGAGUGCUCGGUAGAUGUGGGUCUGAGCCCGCAAGACUAUUGUUUGAGCGAGUGCGGGGACCGUGUGCUUGGAAAUUUGGAAAUUUGGGUGUACGAGAGGACAUUUGGAUAGCGGGUUGAUUGCGUCGUG